AUGAAAAGAUGUUUUCCCGUCCUCAACACUGCUAAUGGGGUAGCUGUCCUUCCAAUUUGGAAUGAGCACUUCAAGACUAUGCUGAACCGGCUAGCGCAUUCAGCUCCUGAACUCGAACACGUUCAUAGACCGAUAUAUGCGGUUAACGAGGAGCCACCGACCGAGUCGGAGGUCCUGGUCUGUAUUCAAAAAAUGAAGAAUGGAAAAUCUGGUGGAGCCGCCGGAAUUAGCGCAGAAAUGCUAAAAUAUCUUCCUCCGUGA